ACAAAGAGAUGCAAAUGUGCCUCCGCAGGUUUCCUUUUACACCCGGAGGCAAAGAGCGGCAGUCAUCGCAUCAUCGGAGCUCUUUUGCAAUGGAAACCAGCCAAUAUGCGAUUGUCAGCUGAGCGACGUUGACAAAAGGAUCAGUGGAGCGGUCAUUUCCACCAUCUACUCCUGCUGCCGCCAUGCCUGUCGCAAACCUCCUCGGGGUCCAAUCCGACAUGCAGCUGGUGCUCAAAAUAAGUCUUUCUGUGGCGGCGGUGCUUCUUGUGUCACUAGCCUACAGGUUCUACAACUCCAGGAGCAUGGAGGAAAGUCCCGUCCAGCGUAGCAAAAAACAACAGACUUGCCAGAGAUGCAAGACAAGCCUGUCGGCGAGUGACACCGGCGAUAAUCUACUCGGACCGACCCUCGCCGAUGCUCCGUCGUCUGACAACGCCAAAGGAAGACCGACAGAAGCUAAUCCAGCCCAGGAGGCAUCGGCAACGUGUGGACCAGCGAGUACAAAAGGCAGACGCUCUCCCUGCUUUUUAAAAAAGUUGGACGGCGGUUUGGGCGUGGGAAGGGAGCUCAGGCAGGACUUGGAACGACACGGCGUCUACUCCAGCUUUCUCUCCAAGGCGGAGAUCAAGGUGGACGAUGCUAAGCUGGUGCUGGACAGUCCUAGAGACCAGGUAGUGCAUGGAAAGAUCUAUGAAUACUACGUGGAAACCUCUUCUCACUGUACUACAGACCCAAACAUAAACUUGGGUCAGAAUGAAAGCAAGUCUGAAUUGCAACGAGCAGAGAUUGGAAGCGAUUGCAUCACCGGCACAGGUUCUCCUCUUUCUGUGGACCCUGACGUCGCCGAGGAACCGUCCCUCCUUGGGACAUCCGUUCUGAGGCCCUCCGUGACGUCCGGACCCCAACGCAAACCGAGCUAUCUCGCCGCCGCAGAGCAGUCGGGGCUGCCGAGUCCAGUUCCUCCCUCUGAUAGCUCAACAAACGCCGGUCCCCCGUUGACCAGUCCUUCCACAAACAAUGAAGGCCACAAUGUGAGCAGAGGGUCUCAUCAAGAGGCUGUAGCGGGGAGUCUCUUGGUCCACCGCUCGGAUUUGGGAAGCCUCGAAAAUCAACUGGAUCUGGGGAAUUGUUUGGAGGCUCUCUUUUUGGCCAAAAAACAUGACCGGGGGUCAGUGGUGCAAGCGGCCAUUGAAGUUAUGUCCAACAACUACCUCCAGGUACUCCGGGACGCCGACCUUUACGGGCGGCUUACCGACGCCGAGCUGCAACUCAUCAGGAGGCAGAGAGUAAGAGGGAGAAGAUUUGUCAUGAUGGCAGAUAUGGACCCCCAGGACUGUUCGAGGAACAGCAGGGCGCUGAAAAGGAAGCUGAGCGCUCUGUACUACUACGACGACUGUCGAGACAGCUGGCAUAAACUUUGCUCCAUUCCGCAGGAAGUCAUCAGCAAAGCCUGUGCCAUGUGCACGAUGGAUAACUACCUUUUCGUCGCCGUGGGCUGCCAAGGCACCGAGGAUGAACUGACGCCUUCCAAGCGCGUGUUUUGCUACAAUCCUCUCACGGCCAUUUGGAAGGAGAUCAGUCCCAUGAAUGAAGCCAGGCCCCGUUGCAAACUGGCCGCCCUGGACGGCUACAUCUACGCCGUCGGCGGGGAGUGCCUCUCCUCGGUGGAGCGCUACGACCCGCGAUCGGACGCGUGGACUUUUGUGGCCUCUCUGCCGAACGAUACCUUCGCCGUGGCCCAUCACGUGACCGUUUGCAACGGGGAGCUGUUCGUGUCCGGCGGUAGUCUUCGCUACAUGCUGCUGCGCUACAGCCCCAAGAGCGACACCUGGAGGGGCAGUCUGAUGGCGGGCGGCAAAGACAGGACGGCGGACAUGGUGGCCGUGGGACCCUUCCUGUAUCGCUUUGAAGUCAACCCUCUGCUGGGGCUCAGCGUGUACCGCUACCACACCGUAGCCCGACUGUGGUACGAGUGCGGCGCCAAACGGCUCCCGCGCUGCCCCGCUUUCCAGUGCGUGGCCAUGGACGACAACAUCUACUGCGUCGGCCGUCACUUCACCUUGAGAUUUGAGGCCGACGAGAUCUCUCCGGCUUUCAGCGAUGACAAUUUGAGCGUGGCCUCCGCGGCCAAGGGCCUGCUUUUCCCCUUUGUCCUGUCGCUCCCUGAUAAGCGCCCUCUGCAGACCAGCGUGUAGCGCAGAUUCACUUUCAGAAUGAUGAGAACGUUGUGCCUGACAUCUUACACAGGCUCUCCGUCGGCGUACUUUUUGAACAUUGUCCAUGACGAGCUUACCCUCAGUUUUAGGCCUUUUGUAUCGCGGUCACACUGGAGCUGUGAUAAUGGAUGCAUUGAUUAUGUUUUGGGGCGGGGGGGUCAUGGUUAAUUUCAAACGUAUCUUCUAAAAGUAAGUGUGCUGUUAUAAUUGUACAUUUUGCAUGAAGGAAUUACGAGCCAAAUGUGGCUCUUUAAUGGAUGUUUUCUUGGCGAACAUGCAAAGCGCAACCACAAUGUUCCUUCUUUGUACUUUUAUUGCAAUUACUGCCCCUUUAUUAGCGAUCUCCAACCAUAAAAUGUAAAACGUUAGCACCCUAAUGGCCGCCUGACUACUGUGUGCUUCGAUUAACGCAGGACGCGCCGCCUCGCAAACAGCUUGCUCCUCUCGAUUUGUUGCUCCGCCUUGCCAUGAAGUGACUUUUACAACAUUUCAGCUUCUCGUGCCGAAAACCCACUCAUGAAUAAGCGUGGCAGUAAAGUAUACAUUAUACAAAUGAGGCGAUCGGGCCGCCAUCCGUCACCGCAGUACACGGGGCACAAAUAGAACUGACACAGUGACCUGGAGA